UCAUUGUUGGAGAAUGUAGAAUGACAUGUACAAUUGUACAAUUUUAUAUUACUAAAAAUAAUGGUGUCGGUCUGUUGGAGAUAAAAAGAAUACUAUAAGUUUUAGAAAUAUUAUUAAUACGUUCAUAUUAACCAUAGUUCGUAUAUAGCUAACAUAAUAAAAUUACCAUUAUAUUACUAGAUAUUACACUUCUAAUUCUAAGCUUUCGCGAUACGUAUGUAGGGUUUGUGUUUUUAUUCGAUAUUCGUUGUUUAUUUUUACACAAAAAUGAAUCUAGAAGAUAAUGCUAUGGGUUUAACCACUGAACAAACUGACAAAAUACUGCAGUUUCAAGAUUUAACAGGUAUUGAGGAUAUGUCAAUAUGCAGAGAUGUAUUGCAAAGACAUCAGUGGGACUUGGAGGUAGCCAUACAAGAGCAGCUUAAUAUAAGAGAAGGCAGACCUUCCGUGUUUGCAACUGAGGCACGGGCACCACCAGUAGUCCAUGAUCACAUAGCACAACAAGUGUUUACCGAUGACUCACCAGAAGGUCCUGGCGGAGUUACGGGCCUCUUCCGCUAUGUAGUCAAUCUAGUUGUAUCUGUGUGUUAUAGUACAAUAUCCUCUGUAUUGAACUUAUUGUUAAGUUUCAUAAGGAAUGAUGAUAGAAGAUUGGUAACGGAUCCACUUGGUGAUGUCAUGGGCUUUAUCAACAGUUACACCACCAGAUACAACUCCCAUCCUGUCUUCUACCAAGGCACAUAUGCUCAGGCUCUUAAUGAUGCCAAAAAUGAACUUAGGUUCCUUAUUGUAUACCUACAUUCAGAGUCAGCAGCAGAGACACAAAACUUUUGCAGGAAUACACUGUCAGAUAAUGAAGUGAUCAGCUUCAUAAACACACACGCCCUGUUUUGGGGUUGUUCUGUGGACACAUCAGAGGGAUGGAGAGUUGCUCAAUCUGUGGGUGGGCGACGCUACCCAUUGUUAUGUCUAGUCUGUGUUCGCGAUCACAGGAUGACAGUUGUCGCUAGAAGUGAGGGCUCCUGCUCACCACAGCAACUUAUUAAUAGAUUACAGAGAAUUGUAUCUGAGAAUGAACCUUAUUUAAAUGCGGCAAGGGCUGAUAGAGUGGAACGCGAAGUGACAGCACGUUUGCGUGCUUCCCAAGAUGAAGCAUAUGCGGAGUCUUUGGCCGCUGACCAGGAGAAAGAGAGACGUCGGGCCGCCGAGAGGGAAGCCAAGGCCCAAAGGGAGCAGGACGACUUGAACAAGCGCCAGCAGGAAGAGAGAAGGAAGCAGGAGGUGGUAGAAGCUCGUGAAACAAUGGCUGCUCAACUGCCCGAAGAGCCCAAAGCAGGCCCUGAAGCUAUAGCCCUGCUCAUAAGACUGCCCACGGGCGAGAGGCUCACUCGACGAUUCCUAUUCGCUCAUACCACUCAGGAUCUAUACGACUUCGUGUUCAGUCAUCCACAAUCGCCCGAAGAAUUUGAAAUAACAACAAAUUUUCCAAAGCGCGCCAUUUCUCGCGGUCCGUCAAAACUUAUUGACGUGGGUUUGAAAGAUCGUGACGUUCUAUUUGUUAACGAUGUCAAUGCAUAAACUACAGAUGUGUCUAUGCUACCAUAGAUAUUUUAAUUGUAAAUAAAUUCUUUUUCCUGCCUGUGUUAUUAUUUUUAAAAAUUCAUAUUUUAAUUUCGAAUUCAUCUAAAACAAUUUUAUGGCAUAAAGUUAAAACUAUUGCCAUAAUAAAAAUAAAAAAAAAAUUAAUUGGCGUAUAAAUUAUUCGUUGUUGUACCAUGGUCUAAACAAAAUAGAGAGGAGAUAGAAGAAUUUAUUUACUUUUGAUGUGUUAAACGUAUGCAUGUCUCCAUAAUGUUAGAGUAGCAGGUUUCGCGUAUAUUGAUUUAUGAAAAUGUUAUUUUUUAUUAAGUUAAUAAAGUUACAUUGUUUGGAAUAA